AGAAGAAGAUGAAAGAGUAUUGAAACCGAAAGUAAACUGGAGAGAAAACACGUGUUCUGAAGAGUUAAACUCCUUCUGUUCAGGUCUCAGAGUUGACGGUCUGAAGUUAUUAUGGAGAACAGAGAGAGUCAGAGAUCUUCAUCUCCAGAUCACAGCGGUGUGUCUCUGAAGAGUGAUGCAUCCAUGGGUGAUCGUCCUAAAUUCAGUGCUGAUCCAGUGACCUCUGACCCCAGAGUCAGCAGGAGGAAGAGGAAGAGAUCUUCAUCUCCAGAUCCCAGCUGUGUGUCUCUGAAGAGUGAUGCAUCCAUGGGAAUUCCUCCUGAACUCAGUGCUGAUCCAGUGACCUCUGACCCCAGCCGUGUGUAUAGAGACGAUCAGAUACGAGCCCAGGAUCCUCCUCAAGCAGUGAAUGAUGAACUACAGAGAGUCAAAGAGCAGCACAAAACCAGCAUGAAGAACAAGUAUGAGAGAUUAUUUGAGGGACUGAAACUCCAGGAGAAUGAAAGCCUCCUGAACAGCAUCUACACACAGCUCUACAUCAUAGAGGGAGAGAGAGAAGGAGUGAAUGAAGAACAUGAGGUUUUACAGAUGGAGAAAACAGCCAGAACACAACCCUCACAAGACACUCCAAUCUACUGCAAUCACAUCUUUAAAGCCUCCGCUGAAGCAGGAUGUGAGGAGAAAGAGCAGAUCAAGACUGUUCUUACUAAAGGCAUCGCUGGAAUCGGAAAAACCGUCUCUGUGCAGAAGUUCAUUCUGGACUGGGCCGAGGGAAAAGCUAAUCAGGAUGUAGAUUUCAUGUUUGUGCUUCCAUUUCGAGAGCUGAACUUGAUCCGAGAUCAUCAGUACAGUCUUCACAGACUUCUGCUGGACUUUCAUCCUGAACUUCAAGAUCUGGACUCACAGAUUUAUGAGGAGUGUAAAGUUGUGUUCAUCUUUGAUGGUCUGGAUGAAAGCAGAAUCACACUGAUGUUUUCAGACGCUCAGAAAGUUUGUGAUGUGACUGAGACUUCAUCAGUGGCUGUGUUGAUGUCAAAGCUGAUGAAAGGAGAGCUGCUUCCCUCUGCUCUCAUCUGGAUCACCUCCAGACCAGCAGCAGCCAAUCAGAUCCCCUCCAAAUACAUCCACCGUCUGACAGAAAUUCAGGGAUUCACUGAGCCUCAGAAGGAGGAAUAUUUCAGGAAGAGAAUCAGUGAUGAGCAUCAAGCCAGCAGAAUCAUCUCACACAUCAGAAGAGCAAGAAGCCUCCACAUCAUGUGCCACAUCCCCGUCUUCUGCUGGAUCUCAUCCACUGUGCUUCAGAAGCUCCUGGAAGAAGAUCUGAGAGCAGAAAUCCCUCAAACUCUGACUGAAAUGUACAUCCACUUCCUGCUGAUUCAGAUCAACAUGAGGAAGCAGAAGUAUGAAGAGAGAGAUCCAGAGAAACUCCUGCCGUCCAACAGAGAAGUGAUUGUGAAACUUGCUGAAGUGGCUUUCAAACAGCUGAUGAAGGGCAAUGUGAUGUUCUAUGAGGAGGACCUGAUUGAGAGCAGCAUAGACGUCACUGACGCCUCGGUGUAUUCUGGGAUUUGCACUGAGAUCUUUAAGCAGGAAUCUGUGAUUCAUCAGAGGAAAGUCUACAGCUUCAUUCAUCUGAGCGUUCAGGAGUUUCUCGCUGCUUUCUAUCUGCUUUACUGCUACUCUGAAAGUGACUCUGAGAUAGACUCUGAUAAAGUCUCUCUGUGUGAUCUACUAAGAUCAGCAGUAGAUAAAUCUCUUGAGAGUGAGAAUGGACGUCUGGAUCUGUUCCUGCGGUUCCUGCUGGGCGUCUCACUGGAGUCCAAUCAGAGACUCUUACAGGAUCUACUGACACACACAGAGAACAGCUCAGAGACCAUCAGCAGAACCACACAGUAUAUUAAAGAGAAGAUCAAGGAAGGUUAUGAUCUCUCAGCUGAUCAGUCGAUCAAUCUGUUCCUCUGUCUGCUGGAAGUGAAAGAUCAGACUCUGUUCAGAGAGAUUCAGGAGUUUGUGAAAUCAGACAAACACUCAAAGAAGAAACUCUCUGCUGCUCACUGCUCAACAAUCUCCUACAUGCUUCAGAUGUCAGAGGAGACACUGGAUGAACUGAACACCAUGAAAUACAACACAUCAGCUGAGGGGAGAAGAAGACUGAUACCAGCUGUGAUCAACUGCAGAAAAGCUCUAUUUUCUGUCUGUGGUCUCUCAGAACAGCAUUGUGAAAUUGUGUCUUCAGCUCUACAAUCCUCAAACUGUGUCCUGAGAGAGCUGGAUCUGAGGAACAAUGACCUGCAGGACUCUGGUGUAAAGUUUAUUUCUGAUGGACUGAAGAGUCCAAACUGUCAGCUGCAGAUA